AUGGAGGUUGCAGUCCGCACUCGCCGCAUUUCGCUCACAUUUCGUUCCCAACUGUCAAACGAUCCGCGCAGCCGGCGCAGGAACUUGGACCCGGCCGCUCGGGUUGGCCUUGCGCAGCCCAAUGUAACGAGGGCGCAUGCUUGCUCGACUCGGCUCCGAUCAAUCCCUCUGCUCUGCAACAGCAGCAGCUCUGCUGCUCCCCGCGCUGCUGGCGGAUCCGUUUGCGGCAGGUCUACAGGGCCCACCACCGGCUUCGGCGAUGCAAAUCCCACGACACCCAAACUCGGUGGAGUCGGCCGCUUUGGAGGGCCUCGCCUGCUGGUCCUCCUGCUGCCCUGCCGGGGCCGUGCACGGAGGCUGAGGCUGUCGACCAGACCCUGGUCGUCCAGCACAGAACAGCCACGGGCCGGGCGCGACAACUGGUUAAUGGACAGCCGGGCUGGGGCACCCGACGCCCCCGCCGCCGCCGUGCAGGACGUGAUUUCCGGUCUUCUGGACGCCUCGAACGACGCUAAUGUACCCGGGAAGAUCAGGCUGAUUGCGCUAGGGAUGGUAUAUCGGGCCCUUCGUCUUCGCUUCCAUUCGAGGAAUGCGGCUUGGCCUCGGGAUCGGCCGCGGAACCACUCCCUCGCGGCCCAUGUUUUCUACGACGGGCCUCCUGGACCAUAA